UAGCCCGCGGUGCGGGAACGAGGCGGCAGUGCCGUUGUCAACGGGAAGAGUCGGCGGCCAUUUUAUCCCGUCAGAGAACAAAGAAGGUGCGGCGUGUGAGUGGAAGAGACAUAAAAGGAGCCGUCCUGAUCACGGCAUUUUGCUUUGGUUGAAGGCAUUGUUACAGUCACUGAUCACUGUUACAAACCCAGUGCUGGAAUUGAUUGCAAAGCUCUCACCAUUGUGCUCUGGUUCGACGGUCAGCAUCUAAAUCAGAAUCAGUUUCAUCUCUCAUGAAAUUUGUUAAUCUUGUGGCAGCAGUACAAUGCAAUACAUGAUAAAUGCAGAACAAAUCUGAAUUACAGAACCUUAUAUUGGCGAUCUUUUGGGAGAAGAAACUUCAGCUUCUAGUCAGACUUCACACGACCUGCUGUUUUUGAUUUGUCUAAUGUGCUUUAAGGAUGAGCCCAGCGCUAGGAGCAAUGGAAGUGGAGAACUAUGCAAAGGGAGUCCUCCUAGAGCCAUUUGUUCAUCAGGUUGGAGGACAUUCCUGUGUCCUCCGCUUCAAUGACAAGACCAUUUGCAAACCCCUUAUUCAACGAGAGCACCAAUUUUAUGAGACACUGCCUCCAGAGAUGCGCCGGUUUACACCUCAGUAUAAAGGUGUUGUUUCUGUAAGCUUUGAGGAAGAUGAAGAAGGAAAUCUGUGCUUAAUCGCCUACCCACUAACGGGGGACCAAGCCGAUUUGGAAAAUGUAGAUAACUCAGAAUGUGAACCUAAAAAUAAGCUAAUAAAAUGGAGUAAUAAGAAACCCGUAUUACUAGAAAACGAUAAUUACAGCAAAGAACGGGUCAGGCAACACAGGAAAGAAGAUAAAAUGAAAAGCCAUAAACUAGAUGAGGAAUUUGAAUCAAAGAAGUCAGAGGUGUUGUUUUAUAGUAUUGAAAAGAAGUCUGGGAAGGUAAAGCAUAACCCUUGGAGCAUGAAGUGUCACCAGCAACAGUUGAAGCGUAUGAAGGAUAAUGCUAAACACAGAAACCAAUACAAAUUUAUUUUACUGGAGAAUUUAACCUCCCGGUAUGAAGUUCCAUGUGUUCUGGACUUAAAAAUGGGAACACGCCAGCAUGGAGAUGAUGCUUCUGAGGAAAAGAAAGCUAAUCAAAUCCGUAAAUGUCAGCAAAGCACUUCAGCUGUUAUUGGUGUCCGAGUCUGUGGAAUGCAGGUCUAUCAACUGGACUCUGGCCAACUUAUGUUUAUGAACAAAUAUCAUGGAAGGAAACUUUCUGUACAAGGAUUUAAAGAUGCACUUUACCAAUAUUUUAAUAAUGGAAAGUACUUACGCAGGGACCUUUUUGAACCUGUUCUUAAAAAACUGUCUGAACUCAAAUCUGUAUUAGAAAAGCGGGAGUCCUAUCGUUUCUAUUCUAGUUCCCUGCUUAUCAUUUAUGAUGGCAAAGAAUCAACGUUGGAUUCUGAUUCUGAAUACUCAGACCUUUCUGAAGAAUCAGCUGAUGAGUGUGCAGGCGCUUAUGCUUACUCGAACUCUGCCGGGAGCAUGGUUGAUGUCCGCAUGAUAGACUUUGCUCAUAUGACUUGCAAGUAUUUUGGUGAAGACAGUGUAGUCCAUGAAGGGCAGGACACUGGCUAUAUUUUUGGACUUCAAAAUUUAAUAACUAUUAUUAAAGAAAUAAGAGAUGACAAUAAUGAAUAAAGUAGAAAAGGGUAAUGCAGCUGUUGUGAAUGGUUUUUAUUGUAGUCAGAAUAUCAACUGAUCCGUUUCUUGGUCUUGACAUUCGUGGACCCAGUGUGGUGGGUACUCGUCAGUAGAAGACAGACGGAAUGGGCAUUUCCUACGGUGGUGCUUGAGGAAAGCAUUUACAGAUAUCUAUUUAUUUUAAAUAUUUCAUGAACAUUCCAUACUAUUUGCAAUGUCAAAUACCUCUGUGUUCCUGUGCGUAACUUCAUAAAUAAAAAUUUUGUUUU